UGUUAUGUUGUGUUAUGUUAUUUUAUCUUAUCUUAUCUUAUUUUUUCAGAGUUAAGUUAAAAUAAGUUGAACAUAACAUAGCCUAAAAGUGAAAUAGUUUAACUUCAUUUGUUCCGAAUUAAGUAAGUGAAACACUUACCUCUUUUAUGAUGUGAGAGUGUUUUAAGAGAAGUGUUUCACUUAAUUCUAAAAAUGAGGAAGUACAAUAAAUUUAUUGUGCACUUGGUGCAAGCAAGAGUUGAUGUCCAAAUAAUUAUAUUGUACAUAUCCAUUAUUCGAUACAUGGUCAAUUAUCAAUAUUGUCAAGGGUUAGCUAGUUUGUAACAAUCAACAAUUAUUUUCCUAAUUAAGAUAGAACAGAAUAAAUCUCUAAGUCAACUCUUAAAGAGUUUGGUAUCUACGUUACUAUGUAAAAAGACAAAUAUACCUUCACUCAUAUUGUAAUAAAAUUAAAUUGAGUUAGAAAAAGAUGCAAAUAUUAUUGAUCAAUGGAUUUUAUUAUAUAUGCUGAUAUACACGUGAUUAUUUAAUGUUUGCUAAAUAAAAAGGAUGUCAAAUUUUUCUGUAAAGAAUCUUCGUGUACAAUUUUCUUAACUAUUAUUUGAGGUUAUUACAUUUAAUAUUAAUACAAUGAUGUAAAAUUUAUCAAAAUUUGAUAUUAUGAAAAUAUUCAUUAAAACAAAUCAAAGAAUAUUUUAUAUUCACAUGCUUAAUUUCCUUUUAUAUUAGUAAAAACUAUAAUCAAAGUGAGGUGUACUUCUUACUAGAAAUUAGCUCAAAGUGCGUCACUUAUUGAGAAACAGAGGAGGUAUAUUAACCAAGUUUCGAUGAGAACCAAGUUUAAAAUGAGAACAAAUAGACGAGCUCUUAGAUCAUCAAAAUUGAAUGGUCUAGAUGAUAUUUGUGUCACUAAUGCCACUUUUCGUAAUUCUACAACUCUACAAUUUGUUUCUCAUUUUCUUUACUUUCCAACAAUUUAUUUACUUCUAUUGAUUUCAUCUACUUUUACUAAUUUUUGUUUUACUUUUACAUAAGUUGGAAACCAAUUUCGUAAGAUUUGAAUUAAUUACAAAAAUGUUAUUAAUGAACGAGAAGCAUCUUGAGCGUCCAUCUAUUAUGAUCAAUCUAAGCGCCUAGAUUGGUUCUAUGAGAAUCACAACUAAUAUAAUAACAUAGAAUCAAUCUAGGCACUUAGAUCAUCAAAUUGAAUGGUCUAGAUGCUUUCCGUGUCAUUAAUGACAUUUUUCGUAAUUUUGGAACUUAACAAACUGGUUCCCAAUUUCUUUACUUUCCUUCAAUUUUAUCUACUUUUCAAUUGAUUUUAUCUACAUUUACUAAUUUUUGAUUUACUUUUACAGAUUCUGAAAACCAGUUCUAUAAGUUUUAGAUUAAUUACAAAAAUGUCAUUACUAACACGGGAAUCAUCUUGAACAUCCAUUUAUAAUGAUCUAAAGGUGUAGAUUGGUUUUAUAGUCUCAUAUUAGCUUAUCUUAAUUAUAUAUGAGCCGAAUAAUUAAUCAGAGUCGGUUCCAUGGUUGAAAAAUACGUUUCAAGAUAGUGAUGGGUUAAUUGGCAGCACGUCGAGAUAGUAGUAGUACCCUUCCACUCAUACAAUAUAAAUCUGCGCGCUAUUAGACAGCAGUUUUGGCUUGUAUGAGAGUUUUAUUUAUUAAGCACCUCAAUUAAGUCAACAAGAGAGAUAAAGAGAGAGAUGAUGAAUGUAGUUAUUGUGUGUAUGAUGGUGUUGUUGGGGUGCACCCUCAAAACAACAGAAGCGACGUUGGAUGAAUCAAAGGUGAUGCAUGUGAGUGGCAAAGUUAAGUGCCAAGACUGCUCUCAAGGCUGGAAUCAAUGGGUUGAAGGCGCUAAACCUAUAAAAGGUUGUAGGGUAUCAAUUACAUGUUUAGAUGAACACAAAGGAUUGGCAUACUAUGGAAGCGACGCUACGGAUGAUGAUGGGCAGUUUAACAUGAUGGUGGACAAGAGUGUUCAUGGCAAAAAAAUGAGUCCUAAAGAUUGUCUUGUGAGAUUGGUAUCAUCACCAGAUCCGAGCUGUAAUAUAGCUACAGAUUUUGCAGGUGGAAAGAAAGGAGUGAAGCUAAGACAGGCUUCAGUUUCAUACAGGGGUAUGACCAAAUAUGUUGUAGGUCCAUUUUAUUACACCACACCUACAUGUGACGAUGAGCCUGAUACUCCUAGUCAAGGCUCAUACUAAUCUAGUGUAAUAACUUUUUACCAAAAUUUAAUCUGUUCGAACUGAAAAAAAUUGAAGUUCCUUGUGGUUAAGGUUAUUUACAAUGUAAUUUUUGUGUUUGUGAAUCA